CAAACAAAGCCUAGAGCGGGUGAAAAGCUGAACAGAGCUGAGCUGGAAACGCUGCUGGACCAAACUGAACCAGCACAGAAAACACUGAGAGACUGACCAGUGGGAAUGACUAGGAUUAAUUUAUCCUAACCAUGGCUCAGAACAAAACGAAAGCGUUUAGGGUUGGUUUCAACAAAUGGUAGUGGUUCUCUCCUCCGCCACAAACAGACAGACACAUUAUGGUGGUGAGGAGAAAUUCACCUGUUAUGAUUCUGCUGCUUAGUGGGAAUGGCCGUUAAACUCAACGACGGUGUUCGUGUUAAUUAAAGAAAACACGGCCACGUGUUUUGUGAAGGAUGUUGAGCUUAUUUACUGCGUUUAACCUCGACUAGUUUCUACAUCGAGGAAACUCGAACUCCUGAAUGAACCGUGGAGGAGGAGGUGGUGGUGGUGGAUCUUGGUAAAUGGGAAACUCCUCUUGACACGGUUUCGAUCACCUCACCCCACUCUUCCCUUUGCUCCCCUUGUCCCUUAAAGACAUACCCCUGCUCCCUCUCCCCACUCUUGUCAUCAUGACAUCCACACCCCAGCUGAUGGCCUUUAAACUGGCCCCACCCUCACAUGAUGGCAGCAUGGAUCGUCCGUUUAGCUGUGAUGAGGAGAUUGAGCGGCGAUAUGAGGUGGUCCCUUCUGUCGUCUGCUCCAUGUGCUGCCUCUUUGGCAUCAUCUACUGCUUCUUUGGCUAUCGCUGUUUUAAGGCUGUGAUGUUCCUGACCGGCCUGAUGUUUGGCUCUAUUAUCAUCUUCAUGCUGUGCUACAAGGAGAGAGUGAUGGACACUCAGCUGAGCGUGGAGGCCAGCGUGGGCAUCGGCCUGGGCAUUGGCACGCUGUGUGGCCUGGUGACCAUGCUAGUGAGAAGCGUGGGCCUUUUCAUGGUGGGCUUGCUGCUGGGCCUGCUGGUGGCUCUGGCAUCUCUAGUUGUUCUGGAGGAGUUCUAUCACCCGAGGACAGUGUGGCUGCCGCUGGGUGUUCUGCUGGGCUCCGGCAUGUUGUUCGCUGUACUCACACUGCAGUGGCAGCGCUGCUUCACCACCCUGUCCACUGCCGUCUUCGGCUCAGCUGUGGUCACAGUCACCGUAGACUACUUUGUGGAGCUGUUUGCGCUGACUCGCUAUAUCUACGAGCGUGUGAAGGUUGCACCAGCACGACCUGUGUGCUGGUACACGUGGGUGGUGAUGGGGGUGUGGCCCGUGCUUGCUGUGCUGGGUGUUCUUAUUCAGUGGAAAGUUACAGCGGAGGGAUACUCGCACACAGAAGUGUUCAUUAGUCACCAGCAGCGACGAGUGCAGUUGAUGAAGAUUCGUCAGAAGGAGGAAAGGAGAGAGAUCAGAAAGAAGAAGAAGACGACGACAAAGCCACAGAAACCUCAGCAACAACAGCAACAUAAGCAGAAGCCGAAGUACCACCACCCACCCCAGACUAACCCACACCCCACCAACCCACCAGUCAAGGUCCAGCAGCCGGAGCCCACCUACCGCAGGAAGCCCAACCCCAUACGCCGCUAUGACGGAGAUGUGCUCUCACCGAGCUAUAUUCAGCAUUUCCGGGAUAGGCAUGUGGACAGGCGGGGCUACUCUCAUGGCAGGCUGAUUGGCAGGUCCCAUAUGGUCGACAUGGACUAUGACUGUGGCUCUCAGGUGCCUCUGACUGCCCAUACAGGCCCUGCAGCCAGAGUGUAAACCCUGCCCCCUGCUGUUCAGGAGAGUGCCAUCCCAGCCACACCUCCCGCCCAGCUCAGACACUUUUCCUUUACGGAGGCUGAAAGGAGGAGAUUCUUUUACACUGAAGACCCACUUAAUGGCCCUUCUCUGUUGUGUAAUAAGUGGCAGAUUGGGCCAAGUUGUUUUUGCCAAGAACCUUGUUCAGUACAACUCUAUCUGGUAGUAGUUUCUCUUCCUACAUUGUGUGCUGCUGCUCAGGGGUGUGUGUGUGGGUAGGAUAUGUGUCUGGCCCUCAGAGGCUCUUCAGCCUGUUGUCACACUGCACUGUCUGCCAUAACAGGCAGAAUGGUGUUAUUAAUAUGGCAGCCAUUUAAAGAGGGGACAUUAUUCAGACUAGUAAUAGGGCCAGAUUUUUUCCAUCCUGACAAAAAACAUGAACCAGUGUAUUUAACAGCUGCAGACUUUGUACCUCUUCAAUUUGGGAGAGAAAUUUGAACAGUUAAGGGAUGCACUCUAUUCGUGAAACCUUAAUGUUUACAACACAGAAAGGUCCAUGUGUACCUUUUACACUAGCAGAAAACAGUGAGUUUCAUUUGGGCUAAUGGCCAGAUUCUGCAAACUCAUAAGUAAGGAUUGUUUACUCAAGGGCCAUUGCUGAAGCCUCUACUUCCAAGCAUGCGCAGUAAUUAUUGUAAAAGUGGUCUUGGUUUACCCUGUUCAGCCAAUGUAUGAUGGAAGUGAAGUUUGCUUUAGUGCUGAAUUAUGUUUAAUACUGCCAGAGCAACUCUCUGGCAGUUUUAUGAUAAUUUGACUCCUCAUUAUGUCCCAUAAGGCUUAGUUAAAAGUGUUAGAAACUUGUUGGGGUGACUCCCAUUAGAGCCGUAGGGGCUGAGGCAGCAGCAGAGCCCUAAUGAUGCAGGUAUAACUGUGAACGCUAGGGGAUUUUUUUAUACAGAAGAUUAAAAAGUGCCCUUGUCUACUGUGAAGGUUUUCAAAGCAGCCAAGGUAUUGAUGGAAGAUGUCUCUGAUUGAAAAAGAGUGGAGGAGAUUUAUAAUGGUGGACCAGCCACGUUAAACAGGGACUGAGUGUGUAUGUGUGUGCGUGUGGGUGGGUGAACGAGAAUGAAUGAUUGUGCUUCUGUGUGCAUGAUGGGGUAGGCUGGGAUAAAGAGUGUGUGUUUGCACAUCUGGAUGUGUGGAUAAGGGAAGUCCUUUUUGAAUUCAGUGUUUGUUUACACCCAUUCUCUUUCCCCUAUGUCUCCUUUUGGUGAAUGGGUAAGAAGUCCUCAUUCUGAUCUCUGCAUUGAAAAGAGCUGAAAGGCUCAGGCUCUCUGUUUACUGUGUCUUUUACCUUGGCAGUGUCAGGAGGUCCAUCAGGAGAUGACCUAUUUCUCCUGUACAUUUUGUACAUUUAGCUGAAUGCUGUACAUAUUUAUACAUGCUGUACUGUGUUACUGAUAGUGCUGUCAUCUGUCAUGUUUUGUGUUUGUGUUUAUUUUUUCUAAUCAAUUAUUGCUUAAUUACAUCUGAAUGAUGAUUAAAUGUCA